CAAUUACCAAAUUUUAUUUAAUGGCGAUUACGAAACGGUGCCCAAGCAUAUAAGGGGUUGUGUAUGCCAUUUAAAAAACGUGCAUACGUUUUUGCUGUAAUCCAAAACAAUUGCUUUUAAAAGGUAAACGAACUUGCGAAGAUAUUGACAAAAAUAUACAUUAUAAUAUGUUAUUAAACAUAACAUAUAAUGAAACACUAACAAAAACUAUAAGCGACUUGGAAUUCAUGGUGCAACAACAUCUUCCUGUACCUUGUCGUGAUCAUAAUUAUCUUGAACCUGAUAAUCCAAACCACGCCUGGACUUUGUACGAAAAUGGCACUCUUCUCAGACAUUUUGACAGCGCACUACUUACAAAACGGGAUUAUUGUUUACAGCCUCGAAAAUUUCAAGAUCUCUACAAGCUUGUGCCGUAUCAUUGCCUUAAACCUCCAGACUAUUCUAACGCUUACAUGCAAUCGGUAUCGAUAUUCUUCUUACUUAUGGUCAUAAUUGUGUAUUUGAUAUUACCGAAUUUUAAAGGAGAUUAUUUUAAAUGCUCUAUAUGCUACUUCAGUUGUUUGACCCUAAGUUUUAUACUUAUUGUUAUUGUACGUUUUCAAUGGAUCCAGCCACAUCAAAAAGUAUUGUGCCAGUUAACAGGAUAUAUUGGUUACUACUUUAUAAUAUCCACAUUUCUUUGGCUUUUAAUUAUAAACUACGAUUUAUGGAAAGCAUUUAAUACUCUUGUCAUUACUCGGAGGACAAGAUAUUUGAAUUACAAUAUAUUUGUUUGGGGCCUUGCCGCUUUACAACUUUUAGUAACUUAUAUUGUUGUGUUAGUAAACACAGACUCAAAAUGGGCACCUAAUAUCGGAAUUUAUUAUUGUUGGAUCGAUACAACUGCUUGGUCGGCAAGAAUCUACUAUUAUGGUCCAAUAGGUAUUUACCUAACAUUAAGCACAACACUAUUUAUUAAAACCGCCAGUGAUAUAUUCGUUCAAAAUAGGAACAAUAGACUUCAGUUAAAAAAAAUCGGAAAGCCAAAGAAGUCUAAAGAGUCUGACUAAUUUUUGGAUGUUUUUAAGGCUUUUUAUCAUAAUGGGCGUUCUUUGGAUUUUGGAAAUUAUAUGUUAUUUUGGAGAAUUUAACGAUAAAGGAUCUAAAAUUUUUGACAUUUUCAA